AUGAAUUUUGAAAACGGAUGGGUCUUGAGAUCCGCUCUGAACUUCGCAAGUGAUGGAGAAGUAGUCAGAGAAGUAGGUAGAGAGUUCCAGAGAAAAGUACCAGAAAAAGCAAAAGCAGAUUUGGCAAAAGAGUGUUUAACACAAGAAAUCCUGCCAGCAUUCCGGCAAUACGAUGCCGACCACAACGGGAUGAUCAGCCUGCAGGAAGCCACAGCCAUCCUCGGCAAGCCCCCCUUCAACUUCCCCGCCACCAGGGUUGACAGUCUGCUCAGACGAUUCGACAAGGACAACAAUGGACAGCUGGAUAUUGAAGAGUUUGCUGCUUUCUACGCCGAAGCCAGGAUCAGUCACGAAGAAAUAUCCAACUGCUUUGAUCGUUUGGACAAAGAUGGGAAUGGCGUGUUGAGUCCGGACGAGGUGCUCUCCGUCAUUCAGGAGCGCAUGGGAGCUGACAAACAGACUGCGGCCAACCUCAUCAAACUCUACGAUAGGAACCAGGAUGGAAACUUAGACAAAACUGAAUUUAUGUUUCUAUGGUCGGCCAUGUUCGGCCAGUGA